ACACGAAUCGGGUGUGAACGACAGCAGAACGAGGUCAGCUGGUUUGGAAUGAUUAACUCAGCCAAGAAAUUUUGUUUGUUUUAUUUACCUUGAAUUUUCUAGACUUGCUUGACAUUACCGGAAGCACGAAUGACGGAAUACAAACUUGUAGUCGUUGGAGCGGGUGGUGUUGGCAAAAGUGCACUGACCAUACAGCUUAUACAAAACCACUUCGUGGAAGAAUAUGACCCUACAAUAGAGGACUCGUACAGAAAGCAGGUUGUGAUAGAUGGGGAGACAUGUCUACUGGACAUCCUUGAUACGGCCGGGCAGGAAGAAUAUAGUGCAAUGCGAGAUCAGUACAUGCGGACGGGAGAGGGGUUUCUCUGCGUGUUCGCUGUAAACAACGCCAAAUCAUUCGAGGACAUAAACCAGUACAGGGAGCAGAUCAAGCGAGUAAAAGAUGCAGAUGAAGUACCCAUGGUCUUGGUAGGAAACAAAGUGGACCUGCAAUCACGAUCUGUGGACACACGGCAAGCGAAGCAGGUUGCGGACAGCUAUAACAUCCCUUACGUUGAGACCUCGGCAAAGACGAGGCAGGGUGUGGAUGAUGCCUUCUACACCCUUGUUAGGGAAAUCAGGAAAUUUAAAGACAAGAAGGGCAAGUCUAAGAAGAAGCCGAAGCGAGCAUGCGCCAUGUUGUAACACUUGUAUUCUGCUCUCGUCAAUCUCUCCCCAUUUUUUUUAUGCCUUCCUCGUACAUUCUCUCUCUAUUUUGGACGUUUAGCUCCUCGUGUGAAUGUGUAAAGACACCUUGUGACCUGACCUAGCACUUUGUGUACAUUUUAUACAUGUUAAAGGGCUUAGUGUUGUUUUCAGAUCUUUGUUAAAGGUAACAACGUUGUUAACGUCAUCGUUGUUAACUUCCAAAUCUUUAUUGCCCUAGAGCCUUUAUUUGCACUUUUGUGAUCUACAGUAGUUCUAAAAAGUUUUGACAACUGUUUUCACUGUACAUGUUUUAUUUUAAAUGUGUGAGCAUAUGAUAAAAUGGUUCAUCUCUACAAGUUAACAAUGAAGCUGUUAAGUACGUUGUUAAAUUUAAAAACAUUCUGGACACUCCGCCCAAUAUGUAAUUUCCAAUUUCUUAGAGAAAAUUUUAUCAAUGUGAAAACAAUAUUAAAAUCAAAAAAAAAAAUCACAAUAUAAGGUGUUUUAAUUUAUCAUAAGAUAUAUCGGAGAGUGAACCAAUACUGCCGAAACAUCAAUACAACAUCAAUACAGGAUUUAUAUCAGAGAGAUUGGUGGUUUUGAUAUAUGUCUUUCAUAUACUGUAGUCAUGUUAUCAAUUGUAUAUGCUUAUAUUUUAUUUCAUGCAAUCUGUACUUUUAAUAAAUAGUAUAUUGUAUUCUAUUUGUAGUUAACUAUGUAAAUUAUUCUUAUUACGGCUCAACGGUGUUUUAGGAUUUAUUUGUGUUUUCGGUCGAGUAAUGAAAUAAUUUUGUUAGAUAUAUUUCUUUUUUAGAAAAAUUAUAUUUUGUGCUGAUUACAUUAAAUUUUUAUUAUAUUUAGUGCUGAAUGAAUUGUUUUGCUUUGCAAUUAGAUUAUACUUAUUUCGUAAUCCGCAUCAAUAUGAACAGGGUGAAAGUGGUCUAGUGGUAUGGGUGUCCGCUUUCUCGCCUAAGAGGUUGUGGGUAUGAGCCCCAACAGCGGUACUUUAUCGUGGCCUCUCAAGAGGGACACAGUACUGGUUUCUGCCCAGGAAACAAACUCGAGAGUGAUUUUAUAUCAGGGUUCAGCUGCCUACAUGAUCAAGCAAAAAAUAAAUUAGUACAAAUCAAUAUAAAUUUUCUAUAUUUAUGAUUUUUACCCAGUGAUUAGUGAAGAUAUAAAUUGUAUUUUCAUUGCAUUUAGGCUAAACAUAUAGAAAUGUUUGUUUCCGAUUCCAGACCAACCCUAAAUUUUUACGCCUGAUCUUACUGUUUUUUACUUGCUACAGAACAUUUUUAUCGACCAGCAGCAGCCAAUCAUAUUUAAGUUUGAUAAGUUCUCCAUUCUUGCAUUAGAAAGAUGAGAAAAGUAGUGUCCUUUUUUAUAAAGUGAAAUCGGAAGCAAACAAUUCUUUUUUUGGGCCUAAUGGAUAAUUUGUAUCCAUUAGGUAACAUCUGUCUCUUUCUUUACAUGAAAAUUUCUAACAUAGGCCAAACACACCUUUUAUAUUUGUGAUAAAAACUUCUGUAUGUUAGUUUUUAAAAUCUUUUUUUUUUCUAACUGAGAACUAGGAGUUGUUAAAUACACAUUAAAUCUUUGCUUAAAUUCCAGUUUUGAAUACGCUAUUAACUGUAAUGUUAUACAUGAAUAAAUACAAAACAAUGGCAUUCCAAGGUUUAUCUCACAUUUUGCUGCAUGAAGAUGUCAUCGCAAAACAUGACCUUGUAACAUCGAAUAUGUUCAGUUAAAUAGGGCUUUUCUAACAAACUGUGUCGCACAUUCAUCAUAGUAUGGAGAUUUUGGUUAUUUGUGACUUUUUUUAACAACCCUGUCCAAGUCUUGCUUUGCCCUUUUGAGGGAUGGCCAGUGGUAUUUGCUCACUCAUGGCUGCGUAAUUCCAUACACAUGUAUUAUAAGCUCGCCUGUUAUUUCGAAGAAAAAAAGUCGAGGUAUUGUCAUAGCCUUGGUGUUGUUGUCGCCAAUGUUGUUAUUGAAACACUUCAACCAUUGCCAUAACUUGAACCGUUUGAAAUAUUUCCAUAAAAUUUGGUACACAUGUUGCUGCAGUCAAAAGAAACAUGGACAGCAAGGCCCAUUACUCUGGCUUAAAUGAGAGUGGAGUUAUGCUCCUUUUUAGACUGUAAAAUAAGCAGACGGGCGCUGGCUUUUGCUUUGCCUCUCUUUUUGUUUGUAUAUUUGUAGGCAUAUGGUUAUUGUUCAUUAUCGUAAUUGUGUUUUAUCUAUCACCUACAUGUGUUUGUACGUUUUCUUAUGAAAAUUAUAAGAAUUUUAUACAUGUAUUUUAUAUUAAAAAAUCUUUUCAUUAACAGUAUACCGUACAAUAAAAAAUAUAUUUCAUGCUUGGUGGCUUGUUGAAAAAAAAGUGGUGUAUUAUAUCUGAUAAACAUGCCGUUUGGAUUUGUGGGUUUAUCAAAAUAUAACUUAUACUUAAAAAAAAACAAAUGUUUACGCAUACGUUGCUGUGAAGAAAAAUUAGUGACAUCAGGUAUGAGGUCAAAAUUUGUUGGGAUUUUCCAAUUAAAUAUUAGUUAUUAUUUUUGUUGAAUGAUAAGCAUGAAAUAUAAAGAAACAUUGAUUGUUUUAAAGAUUGCAAUAUAUUUCGUGCAGCAUUUAAACAUUUUUCCUCUGUGUAGUAAAUUAUUGUUCGAAAUGAAAAUGUAAUUUGAAAUAUAUAUGUAUUUCCAGUAAACAAAUAUUACAAAGUUUGGUUAGAAUAUUCCAGUUCUGCCUUCGGCUUUUCAAUCCAGUACCAUUCUGCAAAUGCAGUGAUCUCCCUUGAAUCUGCAGUAUUUGUAUAAUCAAAUGGAUUACUUUGACCAUACCUCAUACAAACAGCCUCCGGCACACGACCGAACAGAGCAAGGCUUCCAUUUGACUACAUAUUUUAAGUAAUUAUCUUUUCUAUUUAAAUGAACAUUCACAUUUUUGCUUCAUUAGACCUACCACCGUACUUGAAUAAACUAGUUCCAGUUAAAACGUUGCAUAAUUUAUUAUAAUCUAUGUUUAAUCUGGAAUCAUAGUUGAACAAGCUUUAUACAUGAAAACAUAUGAUGUAUGUUCCAACUCGUACAUGCAGCCAAAUGUUUAUGCUGUUUCCACUCUUUGUUUCUCAAUUGUAGACGUUACAUAUGUUGUACAUGUUUAGUUGGUCUCGAAAAAAGUAUUUGUACUAAAUGUGGUUCUGGGCCAGUCUUUAUCAAACUUUUUAAGUCAUUUCCUUACUUAAAGUCAACUUUUUUUUCUUUUUUUUUAUUAUCAAAUUUAAAGAAAUUUUGUUACAUUCUUUUAACAUAAAUGUGUUGAUUUUGAAUGAAGUCUUAUUGAAAUAAAGUAUUUCAGAAACUUUAAAGUCAUGAUUUCAUAUAAGUGAGAUACUUAAAUAAGGGAAAUUAUUUUAGUUUGGCAAUGAUUGAGAUGCUUAAUGAAUAUCGGCCCUGACUUAUCAUUACAAAUAUGGGGAAUACAUAGUAACAUCCCUUUUAUAUUUCAUGCAAAUUUCUUCAUUUUCAUUCUUUGACAAUUUGGAUUAAUAAAACAUUAAAUAAU